UUUUUUUACUUUUUUACUCUCUUGUCAUUAAUUAAUAGACGGGGCGGCGACCUGUGUUUGGAAUUUUCUGCUGUCUUAUUUCUAAAACGUGUUUCUCCCAGUGGCGCCUGUCUUGGAAUUCCAGAUCGACGUAUCGAAUACUCACUUUCCGCGAAACCCUACGUUCCUUGUAUUAUUCCAGAUCGUCGCUGACAACCUCCUAUUUUUCGACUUCUCGCCUCCGGUCGAUUCGCCAUAUUUUAUUAACUAUCCGGGUUUCCAAUGACGCUCUUUAAUCUUUAAUAUAAUAAUAUCUAUACCAGAGAGUCUGGUACUCUUGGCCUGUAAAUCGCCAGGAGCAAACUAUCUCGACAAACCCAAUUGUCCUUGUGACGCCUCGCUUACUUCUUUGGCAAGCUUCUUUGUUCAGACCAGCUUUGCAGCACUGUAUCCAGAUGUGUGUGCGGACUUAGUUUGCUAUCAAUUGACUAUAUAACGACCAACCUGGCGAGUGACCUGAGACGCCAGGCAUUUCCAACCGGGGGAGUAGGUUGUGUUGGGAUCACGCUACGGAACUUCUCAAUAUGCAUCGAGGCUCAAUAUUGAUUCAGCUCUUGUUAUGGGUUACCGGAAUUCACGCCUUUUUUCAGCUCCACCGAAAUGAGCGCUCAACCGGCAAUGCCGGCUUAGAAGAACGAGGCCUUGGAAGCGAAACGAAACUUGAUAAACCAAACCCUCAGUUCGGAUUUGUUACCUUCAAAUUGGUCCCUAAGCAAGCUAGCGCUAAAGAGGUUCUCACGGAAAAGGUUUCGAGAGUCAUUCACAGUCUAGCUUCUAAAUAUGGAUCCAAAGUGCCGACACGGUCUACUUCCUACGAAGAUGCGGCCCUUCUCAACCGAGACAACGACUACAACGUAGUGAGUGCUGCCAAACCUACAGUUAGCAAUGCCGUGGGUAUCGACCAAGACGGAACCGAUUACUCGUACUUCAUCGAAGCGAACUUUGGUUCUGAGGGAAAAUCGAUGUAUAUGCUUGUGGAUACCGGAGCUAGUACGACCUGGGUCAUGGGCUCGGGUUGCACAUCUAGCGCCUGCACGAAGCACAACACAUUCGGUCCCAACGAUUCAAAGACGUACAAUGAUACUGGAAGCAACUACUCUGUCGAAUACGGCUCGGGUGAAGUAAGCGGCCAUGUCGUCUCGGACACCAUAUCCAUUGCUGGAUUGAAGGUGACGAUACCGUUCGGAGUUGCCAAUGUCACCUCCGACCAGUUUUCUCAAUUCCCCUUUGAAGGCAUUUUAGGUUUAUCUAUGGUUCCCAACACGUGGCUUGCCUACGUCAGGGACGCCAAGUUGAUUCAAUCUAACGUCUUCGGGAUUGCGUUAGCUAGGAACAGUGAUGGUGCCAAUGAUGGAGAAAUAGCUUUUGGCGGACCCAAUACGGCCAAGUUUAAGGGCGAUAUCUCAUAUACCACCAUCCAAUCCGGGAACAGUUGGGCUAUUCCGAUGGACGACGUGCUGUAUGAUGGCAAAUCGGCUAACGUGAAAGGUCGACAAGCGUACAUUGAUACUGGUACAACAUUUGUUUUCGGGCCCCCUUCCGAUGUUAAGUCGCUAUAUGCUCUAGUACCCGGCUCUAAGACUACCGACAAAGGUACAACAUACACCGUCCCAUGCAACAGUAAUGCGUCCGUCUCCUUCAGCUUUUCGGGACAGACAUGGACGGCCUCGGCUAAAGAUUUUACGUCUGCUCCGAAUGGUGACGGGAUCUGCUUUGGCAAUGUGUAUGGCAUGGAGUUUGUGCCAGGGGCUUGGUUGCUCGGGGAUAUGUUUCUGAAGAAUGUUUACAGCGUGUUUGAUGUGGAUCAGAAACGAAUCGGGUUCGCCGCUAGAGCAGUUACCAGCACCAGCACCAGUACACCUACCGUAACAACAAUUGUUUCGGGUGGCUCGACGACAAUCAGCACGAGGACGCCAAUGGCUACGUCGACCGAUUCCGGAGUCGGCCUUGUUCCUCACGAGACAACGACAGGCACAGACAGUUCAACCGGAACAGCAGCAAGCAGCUCACCUAGCACGGAAUCGUCGGGCGAGAGAUUACAUGGAACGGGUGUAUAUGCCUUGAUCUCCAUUAUCUCGAUGAUCGCGAUGGUUAUUUGAUUGGAUAUAGGGUUUCCUUGACAAAUCUCGGAUUUAUAUAUUAUACAUACACUACGGACUGCUUCGUCAGAGCAGAUAGCAUUGUUUAAUACAGUGCAAGCCCCACGGGGCCGCCUCUCGUUUAGACAGGGAGGCAUUGCUGGGUUCUUGAAUAGACAGCACGGAAGACAUGCGUGGGAGAUGUACGAGGAGGAAAGAAAACUCGUAAUAGCGCAGAAAUGUACACGAAUGAUACCCACCGCGGAGGAACAAAUAGUUCGGCAGAAGCCUAAUAUCAGCAUAUACAUACGCUGUUAGGCAUUGUAUGUAGUAAAAAUGUAAUGAACAAUGUAAAAUUCAAUUCUAAUAGCUGCCA